UUCACGCAGCUUCUCGCGGUAACGUUAGUAUACUGUUAGCUUGGCAGCUAACACCACCGUUUCCAGGUUUCGUGUCGACCUGAAAACAUCAAACCAAGAGAGACACAGAAAGACUGCGUAUCUUAAACCUUUUUAAACCCAGGCUGUGCAGAAGAGAAGGACAAUGCCACACAACUUCCAGCCCGGAGACCUCGUCUUUGCUAAGAUGAAGGGAUACCCCCAUUGGCCAGCCAGGAUUGAAGAUGUGGCUGAUGGAGCAGUGAAACCACCUCCCAAUAAAAUCCCCAUUUUCUUCUUUGGGACACAUGAAACAGCAUUCCUCGCACCAAAGGACCUUUUUGCCUAUGAAAAGUACAGAGAACGAUAUGGGAAACCCAACAAAAGGAAGGGAUUCAAUGAAGGCUUAUGGGAGAUCCAGAACAAUCCACAUGCCUCCUACAGCGCCCCACCUGUACCAGCUAGCUCAUCUGACAGCGAGGCUGAAAAUGCAGGAGGAGGAAGCGACGAGGAUGACGAUGAGGAGGACGCCUCGGUUCCUCGGAAAGCACACACAGGAAGUGAGGUUGAUUCAGAUUCUGGGAGUGAAGACAGAGGAAGGGGGGGCGGAGGAGGAGGAGGGGGAGGAGGAGGAGGAGGAAUGAAGCGAAAGCCACAGGCUCCUAAGCGGCCUCCUCCUCCAAAAAAGGCACGAGGCUCAUCAAGCGACCGAGAUGAAGAAGAGAGUGGCUCUCCUUCUGAAUCAGAACCCACACCUUCGGAGUCUGACUCUGGGAAAAACAGUGAUCAGGAUUUUACUCCAGAGAAGAAAUCUGGUGGACGAGGUGUAAAGAAAGCAGGAGGCAGAGGGAAGAAAAAGAAGGCUUCGUCUGACUCUGAUUCAGACUCGGGAUCGGCAUCGGAGAAGAAAGUAGCAGACAGCGACUCGGAGGACGAGAAGCCUCGACCGGCUCUGUCUGGCUCAGAAUCCCAGUCUGGCUCAAAGUCUGAAUCGGAAUCAGAUCCUCCCCCGCGGAAGGGCCCACAGGCUCGCAAGAAAGAGAAGCCGGCGCCAAAGCCUCGAGCACGGAAACCCAAACCUGCGCUGGCAAAACGGGCGCCUUCGUCGUCCUCCGACAGCGAAAGUGAUAGUGAACCCGACCGCAUCAGUGAAUGGAAGAAACGGGAUGAAGAACGCAGAAGAGAGCUGGAGGAGCGGCGAAAAAAGGAGGAAGCCGAAGAGCUCCGCCGGCUACGUGAGCGAGAGAAAGAGGAGGAGGAGAAGAAGAAAAAAGACAAAGAUAAGGGUAAAAAAGGGAGCGACAGUGACAGCAGCAGUAGCUCAGAUGAAGGUAUAGACGAUCACCCGUUGAAGAAGUCCAAGAAACCGCCGCCACCACCUAUCCCUGCGCCCUCAGACUCGGAUUCUCCACCACCAGCUGAGGUAAAGAAGCCACCCAAGAAGCUAGACAACCAGAAGAAAGCAAAAAUAAAGAAAGAAAAGGAGAGGAAAGAACGAAAAGAGAGAGAGCUGAAAGAGAAGAAAGCCAGACGGUCAGAGGAGAAGUCCAGAGCGAGGUCUAAGCCUGAAAAGCUGAAACGCAAACCAGAGAGGCUGCCGGAGAAGAAGGUGGAAAAGAAAAAGGAGCCGUCACCUGGAGAAAGGCUACAGAAGCUUCAUACAGAUAUAAAGUUUGCACUUAAAGUGGACAACCCAGACAUAGAGCGAUGUCUACAAGCACUGGAAGAGCUCGAGGCUGUUCCUGUCACCAGCCAGAUCCUACAUAAGAACGCUGAAGUUAUUGCCACACUAAAAAAGAUCCGGCGGUAUAAAGCCAGCACUGCAGUCAUGGAAAAAGCUAGCGACGUCUACAACAAGUUAAAACUGCGUUUUGUAGGCAAGGCGGAGGUGGCAGCUAAACCUAAAACUGAGAACAAGGAGCCAGAGAAUGAUGAGGAGAAAGAGACAGAAAACACAGAUUCCACACCUGUGAAUGGGGAAUCGGAGCAGAAAAAAAAUGACACAGAGGGAGAGGAAAAGCCAAAGUCACCCAUACAAGACGAGAACAACGUUGAUACGGCUUCAAGUCCAAACAGGCGAAGCCCGGACAGCUCGGCCGAACAGCACACGUACGAAGAAGAGGACAACUCCAUCUCUGCGGAGGUGGAACAACCUGCCGUCGAGAGCUGAAAGCAUCCCUCACCAACCACUGAAGUGGACCAAGUGCUAAAAGAUGGUGGCCUCUGUUUGACAUGACGCAGUGCUGCUGGCCCAACAACAUUGCAACACACACCCAGCAUUUCCUACCUUAUCUGUUACUUCAUUGUUCAUGUUUUAGACACUUUUGUACUAUAACCAUACCAAACCAGAAAAGGCCCAUUUUUAGUCCAUUUGUUCAUCACAUCAGAAACGACAUGCUUAUUAGUGAGCUAGAUAACGGCACCACGCAACACUCUUUGGUUUCUGAGAUGUACUUUUUCUUUUCUAUGACACUCUGCCCGUCCUGGAUCCUCACUCCAAACUCCCGCCAGCUCCUGGCUGCUUUCUUCUUUCUAAAAUCUGAACUCUUACUUUGGUCUUUCAUACUGUGUGUAUGUCAAAUGAUUACAUUUUUAGCUCUUCUAUAUAGAGCGGGGUAAUAUGAGAUGAAACUGAAUCUGAUGAAGAAAAUGGGAAGAAAUGAGUUGUGCUUUUUUUGUGUGUGUGUGUGUGUAGCUCUUACAUCUGUUGGCUUUUUUCUUUUCUUUUUUUAUAAAGCCUGCAAAACAUCACAAAGGCCUCCUAUCUGUGUGUUUGCCAUAGUGGGAGGGGUAAAAUGCUACUUGUCUUUUAUGUUAAGUAUUUUUUUUUUAAUUCUCUGGUCUUGAUCCAGUGAAUCCAGUCUGAAAUGUAAAGAGUCACUUAAAACUGUUUUCUGGUUGAGGUCCACCUACUGUUUUUAUAGCCUCGUUUUCAGAUAGAUACAGUUUUGUCUAAAAAUAAUAAUCUAUGUGGAGUUAAACACCUUGUACUCUCCUCUCCCCUAGUGUCUGCUUAAUAAAUGGAAUAACGCACACAUUAAAAACAAAAACUGCCCUUAAAAGCUAAUGAGAUCUCAUGUAGCUGCAGCCUUUUUUUUUUUUUUUUUGGACAUGGUUUUUUUUCUGUCAUGUGCAUACAGCCGGUGUUUUUAGUGCUAUGUAAAUUGGUAAAGUAUUUCUAUCACUAGACUUG